AUGAUAUCAAAACCAGUCAUCGUCUUCGUCCCCGGAGCAUGGCACACCCCAUCCGCUUUUGAUCUGCUUCUCCCUUCUCUGCAUAAGGCGGGUUAUCAAACUACGGGUGUCUUCCUAGCCAGUGUCGGUGGCAAGGCAGAAAUUCAAGAUUUUUACCCAGAUGUCGCUCUCAUUCGCAGCGUGGUAGGUGGAUUAGUCGAGAUACUUGGACGAGACGUUGUCAUCGUGUCACAUUCAUAUGGCGGAAGUCCGACUACAGAGGCCAUGAAGGGGCUUUCCAAGAACUAUCGUGAAGCUCAGGGACUGCCUGGUGGUGUGGUCAAGUUGAUUUACAUUUCGGCUGGUGUGCCGGUUGAAGGGCACGGUUUCAUAGAGUCUCUAGGGGAGGAUCAUCCGGGGACAGAGAUGGUUUUCCAUGAAGAUGGUACGACAACCCCGAAACAUCCAGUGAGGGAUUUCUAUAAUGAUCUUCCCCCCGACCUCGCUCAGUAUUAUGUUGGACUGCUGCAAAGGCAGGUUGUGAAGGUCUUCUUCACUCCUGUGACCUAUGCUGCCUACAGGGAUAUCCCCGCCGCAUAUCUCCUGUGCACGAAGGAUCAGGCCAUCGGUAUUGAGUUUCAGAGGAUAAUUGUGGAGAACACUGGUAUUACAGAGACUGAGGAGUUGGAUGCAAGCCAUUCUCCGUUUCUGUCUCGUCCUGAAGCGGUGGUUCGGUUCAUCCGGAGGGUUCUGGAGUGA